AUUCAAUAUAUGCAUGCAUCAUGAUCAAAUUUAACUUCGGAGAUUCUAUGGGAGAUAGUGUGUGACGGACGAAGUACAAGGGCUACAAUAAUAAACUGAGAAAGGAAAAAUUGGUUGAAUCAAAUCCAGAAGUAAAAAUGUUUAUUAGAAAACCGUAUCAACUAUUCUUAGCAACUUCACUUCGAGCACUCAAUUAUGCAACUAAAAGUCCCAAGCCGGAAAUUCCACAGAAUCCAUUAGCAUCCGUAUAUUCAGCUACAAAUCAGAAGGAUAAUGGUGUUGUGUAUGAUAAAAAACCAUUCAAGCUAACCCUAGAAGCAGGAAAGACUUAUCACUGGUGCUUGUGCGGGCGCUCUAAAUCUCAACCAUUAUGCGACGGGACUCACAAGGAUGUAUAUCUUAAGAUAACUCAGAGGCCUGUUAGGUUCACUGUGGAAAAAACUAAAGAUUACUGGCUGUGCAACUGUAAACAAACCAAGAAUCGACCAUUCUGUGAUGGGGCACACAAACAAAAAGAUGUUCAAGAGGCCGGAUCUGUCAGACUGUAAAAUAAGAAACAAGCAUUAUGUAUUAGUAGUUAGAUUGUCAAAUUUGUUGAUUUGUCUAGCUAAUUUAUUUAGCUCCUAGUGAUUGUCACUAAAAUAAUUUAAGUAAUAAAUCAAAGUUUAUGAACAACCUUG